ACCUUCACCAAGGCGGCCAGACGAGCUUGACUGAGUUAAAACUAGGAGAGGAUAUAUUUUUUUAGUAUUUGUCGUUAAUUCCCGGUGAUAGAGGUGAGUAACCCUCCAUCUUCACCUAAAGGGAUGCGCUUACACUGCGCGCUUUCUCCCCCAAACGACCGGAGCUGUGUGUUUGUUCCAACCACGUUUUGCGUUUAUCUAGAAGUGUCUGCAGAGCUAAAGUGUGUUUCACCAGCAUAAAUAUUUGCUUUUACCGUGAAACAGGUUUUUUGUUUUGCACCCAUCAGAAAUUAGUGUUACUUUGGAGGUAUUUGUGGCUCACCUGCGUCUCUUUUGCGCUCCCUUAUAAUAACAUCUCCGCGCGCCUCAGUCUUAUUUGAAGCUUAAGCAAACAGGUGUCGCCAUGGAAAACCCUCGGGUUGAGAUUUAUAAGGAGGACAGUAAUAAGUGCCUCUCCACGCUGCUGGAGGACUGUCCGGUGAAUUCCACCGGUUGGGUGUCCGGGAACUCCGACAGCCGCAACGUGAGCCAGGACGAGGACGGCUGGGAGCAGGAGGGCAUGUCCCCCAUCAUCCCCAUCAUCACCGCCCUGUACUCCGUGGUGUUCGUGGUCGGCUUGCUGGGCAACUGCCUCGUCAUGUAUGUGAUCAUCAGGUACACAAAGAUGAAGACAGCCACCAAUAUUUACAUCUUCAACCUUGCACUCGCUGACGCCCUCGUCACCACCACCAUGCCCUUCCAGAGCACAGACUACCUUCUGAAUACCUGGCCCUUCGGCGAGGUGGUGUGCAAGGUCUUCAUCUCCAUCGACUACUACAACAUGUUCACCAGCAUCUUCACUCUGACCAUGAUGAGCGUGGAUCGAUACGUGGCCGUGUGCCACCCGGUGAAAGCCCUGGACUUCCGGACCCCAAUCAAAGCCAAGCUGAUCAACGUUUGCAUCUGGAUCUUGUCCUCGGCUGCGGGGAUACCUGCUUUUGUUCUGGGCGGUACCCAGACCAACAGUGAUAUAACUGAAUGUGCCUUACAGUUCCCAGAGCCGUACGCCUACUGGGACACAAUGAUGAAGAUAUGUGUGUUUGUCUUCGCCUUCGUGGUGCCCGUGCUCAUCAUCACCGUGUGCUACUCCCUCAUGGUCCUGAGGCUGAAGAGCGUUCGGAUGCUGUCCGGCUCACGGGAGAAGGACCGCAACCUGCGGCGCAUCACGCGGCUGGUCGUGGUGGUGGUGGCCGUGUUUGUGGUCUGCUGGACGCCCAUCCACAUCUUCAUCUUGGUCAAAGCCCUGGUGAGCGUGCCCGAGACCACCGCCAUCAUGGCGGCGUACUUCUUCUGCGUAGCUCUGGGCUACACCAACAGCAGCCUCAAUCCUGUCCUCUACGCAUUUCUGGAUGAGAACUUCAAACGCUGCUUCAAAGACUUCUGCCUGUCUGCCAGACUGAAGAAGGAGAAGGUGUCGGGGAGCAAGAAGGCCCCUGGCACCGCGCGGAAGGCCGCCGUUGCACUGGAGAACCCAGACGGGACUAGUAAGCCCACAUGACUAGCAAUGGAACUGUCUUCAAUUUCUCACUUUGGAAAAGAAGACUCCCAGGAUCUGGGCUUAACGCACAUCUCAUCAGCCAUGUAGACUGACCCUGUUAUGAAGGUUGAUCCACUUCAUUUGUUUAUUACAACAGUGCCAACAUUUAUUAAAAAAACUAAAAUCUUCUUUAUGUUCCGUUAUUCUUGAUAACCAGAGCAAAACUCCUUCAAAGUAAACUAACUCCCCUGACUACUGACAUCUGACCUUUGUUUAUUCAUAUUUGCUGAUCUUUAAAUUUGCAGGUGGAUACAAAUUAGAUGACUGUUGGGUUUUAAAAAAAAAACUGAGUUUGAUGCAAGGUCAUCUUUAAUAGUAGGCCUACCUAGAUUUGUCCUUAUACAAUUAUUCUUAAAGGCGCAUAAUGUAGCAAUACCACUUCUGACCACAUGGGGCUAGCGUAUCACAAGAAAGUUCAUGCAUUGACUACAAAGUGCACCUCUAGUGGUGCAAAGUGGAAUUACAAUGGUUGCCAAAAUUUUACAUGUACUGGCUUUAAAGGCCUCAUAUUAUGCCUACCCCGACUUGAAUCUGUUUUAAAAUGAUCUGCAGGGUCAUAUAUUCAUAUUUUAUGUAGUUGCAGUUUAAGUUAUAUGCAACUGCAGAAAUAAUCAAUGUAUGUCAUAACGUCAAAAUGUGAGGUUAUAGACCUUUUGUGUUUUCUAAACUUCAGUAUCAUAACAUCAACCAUAAUCUGAAGUCGCUGACUGGACUCCAUGAACAUCACAAUCCCUGCAUCUGCACUCCAUCUGGGCUCUGCACUAAACCUAUCUAAUCACAUUUCAACCAGAAUCAGUAACCCUGCUGAAGACAGUGACAGACUACGUGUCAAAGGGAAGGGGUUUUUUUUUCUUCACUUUUUUUCUUUUUGCUCUUAGUUCAGAAACGUUUCCAAUGACUGAGCAGGGAUGUCAGAUAUUGGUCUAGGAGUCGAGGACACAUUCAAGGAGACAGUAAAAAAAAGACAAAAGAUGCUGAGUGUUAGAGAUUUUUUAUUUUUUGAGCCUCGGUCUACCCCAAGCUAGUUAUAGUACUUGCAGUACUUUAUAUGGAUAAAUGGACUUAAUAACAUAAUACAGUUGGGAACUGUUUCUCAUUGAUUAAAAAUAUAAUUGAGCUGCAAGAAAAUUAUUAUUUAGAUUGGAUUUGGCUGUUUUAUAUUACAGUAAGCUGAAUAUGUUAUAUUUUCUCACAUUUUAUUGGCAAUAGACCUUUUUGCACAGCAGUUGCUUUGACAUAUCAGAGCAGAAAGGGCCCAGGGGUACAAAUGACGGCUGCACUCAAUUUUGGGGAGUUAUCUCCACUGUGCACACUGGUUCACUGUCAUCCCUCACCGAGACGCCUCAUGGAGCUGAGCCAUCAUUAAAUUAAAUGCACCUGUGCUUUUCCCGCUGCUGCGGCUCAAAGUGGCUGCUGUGAAAAAAGGGCCAGUAACCGUUAUGAUAAGUAAUUAUUAUGACGUUGAAGUGUUCCGUGGAGAAUUGCAGAGUAUAAAAAGGGGAAAUUAGCAAGACGUUGCUGAAAAUGGAAACAGUAUAUCUUUCUAAUGUAGUUGUAAUUGUAAUGCUUGCCAAAAGUGCCUUGAUCAGUCCAGGAUUACAUGAUUGUUGUAGCACGAGUGACGACUGGCUGGGAUCAAACAGCACUCAGUGUUCGAGGUUUUUUUUCUUUUUCUUUUUCUUUGAAUACGCCCAACAUGAUUAAGGUAGUCGCAUCGCACGCCGGUAAUACGCAUGUGCCAAAAGCUUUUUCUCCUGUGAAUUGUGUGAAUGGUGCUGAUUGACUACUCUGUGACUGAACUGACUCACAGUGGACUUUGAGGUUGCAUAACAGCCAGUUGACGGUUAAAAAUAGGCAACAUUCGGCUGCGUCAGAGCAGGUUUAUAAGAAAAAGGGUGAAAUCCUGGACUUGAAUGUGCAUUUAAAUUUGACAGAGGGCUAUCACUUUCCAACCAGGAACUGCGUUGAGACUGAUAAGUUGUUACAUACAGUAUAUAUGACAUGAUUCAUUAAACAACCAUAUGUGCUGUGUUUGGCUUUUGCAGUGAUCAAGUACUGCCAUGCUGUAAUUGAAUCGCUUUUUGAACAAGUUGUGCACCUACAGUAUUUACUAGCACUUGUACAGUGUGAUUGUGAGUAUGAAAUGGUUUAUUUAAAAAAAAUAUAUAUAUUUAAAAAAAAAAAAAAAGAGUAUCUUUGCACAGACAUUUUAAAUAAACUUUACCUGUAGCAUGUCCAGUCAUCUUUGCAAGGAUUAUAAAGGCAACAUCGGCAGCCAUAUAAGCUUGGUGAACUGUGCUGUUAUACUGAAUGUGCUGCAGUCGACUGUAUUAUGUAAAAUAUGUAUAAAUUCGCUGGAGUACAACUUUGCCUCAUAUUUUAUUAAUACACUGUAGAAACUCCUGCUUUAAAAAAAAAAAGGUUAUUACCGGUAUGUUCUCUGGCUGCAACACUUAUAAGGACAUACAAAUAAAGAAAGCACAGAUGUUCUACAACUUUAUGAAAAAAAAUAAGAGAUAAUAUUCUAAGAAGCUGCUCUGCGACUAAUGUGUUUGUUUUUAGUUUGGUUUGUUUUCAAUCUCUGUCCUUACUCUUUAAAUCUAAAUUGUAUCUUGGAUUUGUCUGCUGUCAUUUGUGGAGGAUAUGUAUUGAUGCUGUCUGUGGAGGUCUUAAUAUUAAAGCAAGUUUAAUAAAUCCACACAUGUUCUUUACUCC